ACUGAGCAGCACAGGACCACACACAGUCUCACUGAGUCAGUAGACAUGGAGGAUGGGAAGCCUGAUCUGCUGCUGGUCAAAGAGGAGACAAUAGAAGACGGACCAGAGAGCAGUGACCUGCUGAGUGGACUAAAGAUGGGGGAGCAAGGUGGUUGGCUGGAGGCUAACAGUGGAGACUGGGUGGCCAUCUUGGAUUCUCAGACCCAGACGGGUACAGCCAAGGGCCCAGGGGAUGACAUCAACAAGCCGGCCUGGACCAGAGGCGACAUAGUGGCGGCCAGUGGAUGGGACAGCAUCCUUAACUCUGGGCUGGGGAACAACACUGUUAAACACAACCAGAAACCGACAGUUGAAGACAAAACAACAUCUGAACUUAGUUUCCAUGACAACAUACUGGCUGAGACCAGGGCGAGGCGUAGAUUUGGUCCGCGGGGACGGGGAGGUGUCCGUAUGAGAACAGACACAGACAUGGCUAGCGAUUCUCCGUCCUGCUCCUAUAGUUGUGAUUCAGAGAGGCUGAUGGCGCCUCAGGUUAACCCCCUAACAGGUGCUGCCUUCAGCCUGCCUUCUAUAGGAUCUAUCAACUGGAACAUGGAGCCUGCAACAACACAGACACUCCCUGGCCUUCGUCCUUCUCACACUCUCCUGUUAAACCAGACCUCAGACAAUGCCAGUGCCUCAACACUUAAUGGCUACACAAGCCCAUUGACAAAUGACAGUAGUAGUAGUAACCCUAUCAGCAGAUCCGGUUGUAAAGAGAAGCGAUUCCCAUGUUCGUUCUGUGGGAAAGCCUUCAGUUUCCCCAAACAGAUGGAGAUCCACCAGAGGAUGCACACGGGAGAGAAACCAUUUGGCUGCCACCUGUGCCGGGCCAGUUUCUCCCAAUCGUCCAAUCUGAAGAGGCACCAGAGGGUCCACACAGGGGAGAAACCCUACAGCUGCCCCCAGUGUGAGAAGAAGUUCUCCCGCCAGCACCAGCUGAAGAUGCACCUGAAGGUCCACACGGGAGAGAGGCCGUUUGCCUGUACGCACUGCGGGAAGAGGUUCUCAGAGAGGAGCUACCUCAGGAUACACCAGCAGAAAAUGCACACGGCCCAUGUAUAGAGUGUAGUGAUAUGUCAUGUAGUACUAGUUAGUUUGUAGUUCAUUCUGUUGGUUUUGGAUGUAGUAGGGAACUGGAUGAGGUGAGCUGAGGAAAGAAUGAGUAUGAUGAGGCAGAGUAAAUGAUAUGGUGAUGGUUGGUGUGAUGGUGUCUGUCAAAAUGCUUCAUUGAUGAAAAGUGACAUACUUUGUCUCUUUAGGUUGAUACUGGUGUUUUAUAGUGAGAUAAUGACAGUGCCUUAAUUCAUGUUUGUAAUUCAAAAAGUAUUGAAGCUGUGUGUAAUGUAAUGUUGAACCAUUUCCAAAGUAUUCUAUAAUUACUUUUAUCAUAGCGAGGGUACCAGAUUUACCAAAAAGGUGAAGUGUGAGAAAAGUCACGUAUCGUUUUGUGCAAUAAAUGUGAUUGUAAUGCCAUUUGUUUAAAUUAAAUACUAAAUUGACUCUG